AUGAAUUUAGGUGCUUCUCAAUCUCAAGCGUUUUCACAAUUGAAACAAUUAUUAAUUACUUCUCCAUUAUUUCUUCAUUUUCCAGAUGAUAAUUAUCCUGUUAUAUUAACAACAGAUGCAUCAGAAAUUGGUAUUGGUGAUACAUUACAACAAAAUAUUAAUGGUGAAAUAAACAAUUUAUAUUAUCAUUCUCAAGUUACAUCUUCUACUCAACGACGAUAUGAUCUUAUUGAAUUAGAAGCAUUAGGCAUAUGGUUAUGUUUUCAACGAAUGCGAUCUUAUCUACUUGGUCAACAUAAUUGUUUAGCUGAUUAUUUAUCUCAUCAUCCAAUACAAAAUGAUGAAGAAAUAUUUGAUGAGGAUUACGUUAUUGGUGCUGUUGUUACGCGUUCAAAAAUGAAACAAAUAAAACAACAACAAAAUGAAAAUGACAAAAUUACAUCACCCACUGUAAAUGAUAUAUCAUCGUCGUCAAGUAAAGACAAAAUUGAACAUUCAAAUAAAUCUCCAUCACACUUAAUUUCAUCUAACAAUUUUGAUAUAACUCAAAUUAAACUUGAACAGUCAAAAGAUUCAAAUAUUCAGAAGAAGAUUAAAGAAGUUAUGCAAGAUCCAACAAAACAUCCUUAUGUAGUUACAGACGAUUUAUUAUAUAGAUUGGUAUUAAUAAAUGUUGCUAGUAAUAAAAAGAAAAAACCAAAUAUGAAACAAUCGAUUAUUCAACAUAUUCAAUCUUGUUUACCUUGUCAACAACAUAAUAUUAGUCAUACAAAGAAAGCAGGUCGACUUAAUCCAUUUCCAACUCCAGAGGGAUCAUUUCAAUUAAUUGGUAUUGAUUAUUGUGGUCCGUUCAAACCAACACCUCGUGGUAAUCAAUAUGUAUUAUGUAUUACUGAUUAUUUUACAAGAUGGAUGACUGCAAUAGCUUUACCUGAUUGUUCAGCACAAACCACGACUCAAACAUUAUUUAAUAAUUAUAUUUGUUAA